CGCUCCUACUCCCAUGCUACAUGAUUGGAUGACCCUUAGCAAAUAAAUGACGUUUAGUAUCAAAUUGCAGAUUAAUGAACACAAAAAUGGAACAUUAGAAAGAAAAAGGGAAUUUGAACUUGAAUUUGCUCACACUCUAAUAUCAACAAGAAAUCAAAUGGAUAUUCCCCCCUCCGAUGACCCCAAAACCCCACUUCUCCCACUUGAUGAUCCAAACCAAAGGUCACGGAUAAAAUUCCCUUCAUCAUUGAAAUCCAUUCUAACAUCCAACAACUUCAACAUCCUGCUAGGGCCUCUUUUGAGCACCAUUAUAUGUCUCCAUGUCAACCUAGAUGGCUCCCUCACCACCAGCCGCAACAUGUUGGCAGUGCUUGCAUGGAUUUUUGCUUGGUGGCUCACAGAGGCAGUGCCCAUGCCAAUUACCUCCAUGUCCCCGCUCUUCCUCUUCCCGCUCUUUGGCAUUGCCUCUGCUGAUGAUGUUGCCCACUCUUACAUGAACGAUGUCAUUGCCCUUGUUCUUGGAAGCUUCAUAUUGGCUCUUGCCGUCGAGCAUUAUAAUAUACACAAAAGAUUGGCCUUGAAUAUAACCCUGGUGUUCUGUGGAGAUCCCCUGAAUCCGCCAUUGCUGCUACUGGGGAUAUGUGGGACAGCAGCCUUCGUGAGCAUGUGGAUGCACAACGUGGCCACGGCCGUGAUGAUGAUGCCCGUCGCCACCGGCAUCCUUCGACGCUUUCCGACAGGCCCCAAUCAGUCCGUCGUUGUGGGCAAGUUUUGCAGAGCGGUGGUUCUUGGCGUGUUAUACUCCAUAACCAUAGGAGGCAUGAGCACUCUCACGGGGACAGGUGUCAAUCUCAUAUUGGUUGGGAUGUGGCAGAGCUAUUUCCCAGAGGCAGCUCCAGUCACCUUCAGCACCUGGUUCUUGUUUGCUUUCCCUUCGGCUCUGUUGAUGUUCUUGGCUUUGUGGGCUUUACUGUGCUGCUUGUAUUGCUCCAGGAGUUCAGGCCAGGCUCUCUCUGUUUAUUUCGACAAAGCCCAUUUGAAGGAGGAGCUCGAAAUGUUAGGUCCAAUGGCUUAUGCUGAGAAGAUGGUGUUGGCUUUGUUUUCGAUGCUGAUAGUUUUGUGGAUGACAAGAAGCAUAACAGAGGAUAUUCCUGGCUGGGGAGUCCUCUUCAAGGGGCUUGCCGGAGACGGAACUGUCAGUGUUAUGAUUGCAACUUUGCUGUUUAUAGUUCCAAGCAAAAAGCAAAAGGGUGAGAAGUUGAUGGACUGGGACAAAUGCAAGAAGCUACCCUGGAACAUCAUAUUGUUACUAGGUGCCGGUUUAGCCAUCGCUGACGGGGUUCGAUCUAGUGGCCUUGCAGAUAUAUUAUCAGAAAGCUUAGAUUUCUUGGAGGCAGUCCCAUAUUUAGCCAUGACACCGGCUGUCUGUCUCAUCAGUAGUACCAUCACUGAGUUAAUCACAUCAAACAAUGCCACUGCGACGCUUAUUGUUCCUCUCCUGAUUCAAAUAGCAAAAACUAUGCAUGUGCAUCCACUCCUUCUCAUGAUUCCAGGAGGCAUUGGGGCUCAAUUUGCUUUCUUGCUUCCAACAGCAACCCCUUCAAAUACCGUAGGGUUUGCAACUGGCCACAUUGAAAUCCAAGAUAUGAUUAAGAUUGGCUUGCCAUUAAAGAUUGCUGGAAUUGCUGUGCUGUCCCUUUUGAUGCCUACACUUGGAGUUUAUGUAUUCAGGACUGGCGAACAAGUUCAAUGACUUGAAAAGCUCAAAAUGCUAUGUUGUCUUGCGAAGUUUCAGGGUAUAACAAAAAGCAUUGUGUAUUUCAUCAGCACUAGUUAUC